AUGUCCGCCAUUGCCGCAUGGGCGAAGAAGCCCGACUCCGAACAGCUUCCUGACAUCAGCCUUGCCACGUUUCUGGUGAAGUUCUACACUCCCAUGAACCUCUACAACAAGCUGCGGGAACAUUUCGAGACGAGUGACGAGUACUCGACUUUUUUUGCUCAGCCUGAGGACUGUGAGAAUUACUCGAGGAUAAAUCGCUUCUUCUUGCUGAUCAACACUAUGUUAGCAGUGCUGAUUGCCUCGGCUACUGUUCUUGUAUCCACGCGUAUGGAUUCAACAUCACUAGUAGGAAUCGGAUUCAUAUCGGCUGCUGUCGCUCCAUUUUUGAAAUUCUUGAUGUUGAACCAAGUGAUCAAGCACUUGUUUUCUGGUCUAAGCAAAGCUAAGGAGACAGAGUUUUGCCUUGUGCGCAAACUGCGGCCAUGUGUCUACGUUCUGCUUAUCAUCACCUAUGCGGUGUCCACAUCUCUGGCAGCUUUUUUCCUGUCAAACUUGAUUGCUUGCCGACAAUUCGAAUUUGUACAUCUGAAUGCUACUUCUUCUCUUCUCGGCUCUACUACCAACCAGACAAACAAUAAUUCUUCCGAGCUUAUCAUGGCCUGUGCAACCAAGUCCUUCAAGGAGGCCAAGGAAUUAUGCACCACCCUCGGAGGAGACAUUCCAUCCUUCACCACCUCCGAGGCUCAGGAUCGAUAUGUGCGGCUCAUGACAAAAAAACUUGGAGAAAACUUCACCAUCAACUCCUGGACAACCUCUUUGUCAGACGGGGUCACUGGGCAGGUUUGGACCGUUCAUCCACCACCUGACCGUCCUAUCGAACCGGGCCACGAGUGCUUUUACGCGCAAUACAACAUGUUUGCAAAGGAGAUCAUUUAUGACAAUGCUUUGUCGUGCGAGGCCCUGUUGCAUCCUGCCUGUGAGGUUCCAGAGCUCCCGAGCUCGAUAAAGCAAGAGCUGGCAAACUGCAUCUGUACGAAUAAGCCGACCGACACGGUAGCCAUCCUUUUGCUCAACUACUUGAUCGGGUUCUUAGGAGGAAACUAUCUUGGUUUCUGCUUGACCUUGAUCUUUGCCGCUCUCUACUUCCACAUCAGGAGAACCAAGAACGCCCAUCUGCGCUUUCUCUUGGGCUUUGCACUCGUUUCCGAGUGGGCUCGUUCAGAUACCAAAGGCAUGCCGGCAAUCAAUGGUAACGACAAGUUCCAUCCCUUCUUCUUCACCCUCGCAUUUUGGAAAACGAACCCGGCAAGAACUUGCUACGUUGCUGCGGAAGCUCUUCAGCCAAGGUCGCGGACGAUCAUGCCAUGA